UGAGCCUCAGUAAUGAGACUUGUCAAAGAGCCAGGCAUUUGAAAGUUGAUGAUCAGUGUGCAUUGGCGUCCCAUUCAGUGACCAAAAAUCAGUCAUCAUCCACAGAAUUUGGACAGAAGACUGUAAUAGAUAAAAUAAAGAUGAAGACUGCAGCGGUGUUCCUGGUAGGGAAUUACUUGCUCCAUCAGCUAUGCAAGUCCGAGCUGCCAGGAAACAGAGGAAGCAAAGAAGUUGAAGAAGAAAAGAAGCACACAAGUAGUGAAGUGGAAGUAUCAGACAACGUAUGCAAUGCUGCUGAUGAGAGUGGAUUAAUUCAGCAGAAAAAGAAUGGAGGAAACAGCUAUCAGGAGUUUCCUGCUAUGCAGAAUGAAGGUUCUGAUAGGCCUGCAAGGAAAACACCAUAUGGAAAGAAGAAGGUCAAAGAACAAAUUAAUUACGUGAACAACCUGGAUGACUUAACUCAGUUGUCUGAGACUGUUUCUGAGGACGGUGGCGUGCUUUACUCCACGAAUUCCACAUUGCAAGUAGAACCUCUCGACGUGGGGUGUAAAGAUUCUGGUCGCUUGUUGAAAAUUCUGGAUGCAAUUUUUUCACAUGAAAGAUUAGUAGAUUUUUCAAAGAAGCCACUGUGAAUUACUUAGAGGAG